AUGAAGGAGCUGGUAGUUUCUGCUGGAGACAGCGUCGAAGUGACCCUGCCAAAGAAUGAAGUUCAGCUGAAUGCGUUUGUGCUUCCUGAACCGCCACUUCGAACCACGUAUUCCUAUGAGUGGGAAUUGAUUACUCAUCCGAAAGACUACAGUGGAGAAAUGGAAGGGAAGCAUUCACAGAUCCUUAAGUUAUCUAAGCUUACUGUUGGGCUGUACGAAUUCAGAGUCAUCGUUGAUGGGGAAAACGCACACGGAGAGGGUUACGUGAAUGUAACAGUCAAUCCCAAGCCUCGGGUGAAUCAGCCUCCCGUUGCCAUCGUGUCCCCGCAGUUCCAGGAGAUUUCACUGCCAACCAUUUCAACUGUUAUUGAUGGCAGCCAAAGCACUGAUGAUGAUAAAAUCGUCAGCUAUCACUGGGAGGAACUGAAGGGUCCUUUGCGGGAGGAGAAGGUUUCUAGCGAUACUGCCAUAUUGACGCUGACCAACCUGGUACCCGGGAAUUACACAUUCAGUCUAACAGUGGUGGACUCGGAUGGUGCCAGCAACUCCACCACUGCAAACCUGACUGUGAACAAAGCAGUGGAUUAUCCUCCAGUGGCAAAUGCGGGCCCAAACCAAGUGAUCACGCUGCCUCAGAACUCCAUCACCCUCUACGGGAACCAGAGCACCGAUGAUCACAGCAUUGUCAGCUAUGAGUGGCUGCUCAGCCCUAACAGCAAAGGGAAGGUGAUGGAGAUGCAGGGGGUGAGGACACCAGUCUUACAGCUCUCUGCAAUGCAAGAAGGUGAUUACACUUACCAGCUCAUAGUGACUGAUUCUGCUGGGCACCAGUCCACUGCGGAGGUCACUGUCAUAGUCCAGCCAGAGAACAAUAAGCCCCCAAAGGCGGAUGCUGGUCCAGACAAAGAAUUAACUCUUCCUGUGGACAGCACCACUCUAGAUGGCAGCAAGAGCUCGGAUGACCAGAAGAUAGUCUCCUUUCUCUGGGAAAAAACCCGGGGCCCAGAUGGUGUCAAGCUGGAGAAUGCCAACAGCAGCAUUGCCACUGUAACAGGCCUUCAAGUUGGCACAUACGAAUUUACUCUGACAGUUAAAGAUGAGAGGAACUUGCAGAGCCAAAGCUCGGUCAACGUCAUUGUGAAAGAAGAGAUAAACAAGCCGCCAGUCGCAAAGAUUGCUGGCAAUGUUGUCAUCACCUUGCCCACAAAUACAGCUGAGUUGGAUGGAUCCAAGUCCUCUGAUGAUAAGGGAAUUGUCAGCUACCUGUGGACCCGGGACGAGGGGAGCCCUGCAGCUGGGGAAGUCCUAAAUAAUUCAGACCAUCAUCCUGUCCUUCUCCUGUCCAAUCUGGUAGAAGGGACCUACACAUUCCACCUCAGAGUAACAGAUGCCAAAGGAGAGAGUGAUGUGGAAAGGACCACAGUGGAAGUCAAACCUGAUCCUAGGAAAAAUAACCUUGUGGAGAUGAUCCUGGAUGUUAAUGUCAGCCAGCUGACGGAGAGGCAGAAGGGCAUGUUCAUCCGACAAAUAGGCGUUCUGCUGGGGGUCCUCGACUCGGACAUCACUGUGCAGAAAAUCCAGCCGUACACGGAACAAAGCACGAAGAUGGUGUUUUUUGUACAGAACCAGCUUCCCCAUCAGAUAUUCAAAGGACGAGAGGUAGCCUGGACGCUGAAGAACGAACUACGGAAACAACAGCCAGACUUCCUCAUCUUCCGGGCGUUAGAAAUCAACACAGUCACGUGUCAGCUGAACUGCUCCGAGCACGGUCGCUGUGACUCCUUCACCAAGCGCUGCGUCUGUGACCCUUUCUGGAUGGAGAACUUCAUCAGGGUGCAGAUGGGGGACGGCGAGAGCAACUGUGAGUGGAGCGUGCUGUAUGUGAUCAUUGCAUCUUUCGUCAUUGUGGUUGCCUGCGGAAUCUUCUCCUGGAUGGUGAUCUGCUGUUGCAAGAGCAGACGAAAAGGAAAAUCCAAAAGAAAAAGCAAAUACAAGAUUUUGGAUGCAACAGAUCAAGAAAGCCUGGAGUUAAAACCAAAUCCCAAAGCAGGCGGCAGACAGAAGGCCCAGGUCCUCAACACUAGCCUGAUGCACUCGGAGUCUGAGCUGGACAGCGAUGAAGCCAUCUUCACGUGGCCUGACCGUGAAAAAGGGAAACUGCUCCGGAGCCAGAACGGCUCCUUGCGCAAUGGACAAGUGACGCCCAAACCCAAGAACCAGAGGGAGGAAAUCCUAUAG